AUGACGUCCAUCCAAGAGAACAUUCAGAAUGGGCUCCAGCCUUGGGAUGACGAAGGAGCAUGUGACACCGUUGGCAUUGUCUUGGUGUCCCUCCUUUGUAUCGCGUCCCUAGCCGUCUGCUUCUUCGGGUAUCGCAUCUACAAGUUGGCCUUCAACGUCUUCGCCUUUCUCGUGGGAUUCGGGAUCGAAGCGGCGGUGGGUGCCGCCUGGAUAAGCCAGCAGGGCGUCCCCAGCGGCGUCACGGAGCAGAUCAUCAUUUUGGUUUGCUCCAUCCUUUGGGGGGUGCUAUUCCUCGUACUGGCGAGCAAUUACCGCACCAAAUUCGAGCAGUUGCUGGGCUAUUUCUUCGGCAUUUGCCUGGGGUUGUUCAUCACGUUUUCGGUGCUGUACGUCGUUGAGAGGCUGGCUGCCCACACUUGA